UCCUUGCCAAGAAAACAGAAGUCCAACACGGGAGAUGUUUGAGGUUGGAGAAGAAGCGUGGAAUCUUCCAUGCUGCCUGUAGCUGUUCUCCCUUUGUCUACCCUUCCCUCCCAAUAAACAAACCCCUUUUCCUCCUCUUCAUUAUUUCUUGCAAGCCAAACACUUUCUUGAAAGUUGAAUUCCCUUCUACCCUUGUCCCAAUGAAGUUUCCUCUUCUUCUCAUUUCCUUUCUUCUUGCCUCCCUAAUCACCUUCUACUGCUUCAUCCCAACCUCAGGAACGCCCCAUUCAAAUGAAGAACGCGACAUCCACAGUGCACUUCACCAUCGACCCGCUUCGCGAUCCCUUCUCUCUCUUCCUCCUAAGGCUGCAACUACGGCACUGAUUGUGACCCUAGAUGGGACUAUGCACUUGGUGGACCAAUUGGAGAGUGGUUCCAUGAGAGUCAUAUGGUCGUUCUCGACAGGAUCACCAAUCUAUCAAUCACAUCGAGCACCAACCAAAAAGGAUAAUGGUAAAGAAAAUGCAUCUGCAGCACUAACGAGUGGGUUCAUGGAAUGCGGGGAAGGGAAUGACUGGUCAUUGUAUAUGCACGACAAGCACUUUGGUAAAAUGAGAAUCUCAGAAUCUAUUGCAGAAUAUGUAGCUCGUACACCUACCUUUUCAGAUGAUGGAGCAGUAACACUUGGAUCCAAAAGAAGCACUUUGUUUGAAGUUGAUGCUAAAACUGGAUCAAUCAUUAAAAUCCAUGCGAUGUCUGAUAUUGAUAAUGCUUCUGCACCUUGGAGUGAUGGCAACCAAGGUGUUACAAAUAUCCUCAACGUAAACGAUAAGGAUCUUGCUGAUCCUAUGAAGCUUAAUUCACCACAGCCGCUGCUUAAGAUUUUUAGGACAGAUUAUUCUCUUAAAUCUGUUGGUCCUAGCUCAGGAAUAGUUUUGUGGACUAUGGCAGUAGCUGAAUUAGAGGCUGUCUUAUUAUGCCAACAUACCUCUUUUGAUCUAGAGGAUGAGUAUGCUUCUGACAGUAGCCUCAACUUUAGGAUGCCAUACCCAUGUCAAGAGAUAAACCAAGUCAUUCGCCUGAAAAAGAAUUUUCAGUUUGAACCUUCACUAACUGAAAGAUUACUUGUGGAUUAUCAUGAAAAUGAUAUGCUCUCAAUUCCUAACUCAAAUCUAAUACUUCCUUCACAGCCAAAUAUUGAUAGAUUAUUCAAUGGUCAUGAUGAUAAUAUAAUGCUCCCUCAACAGCCUCUUGUGGAGAUUACAACACCAGGGGAAGUUUAUCUGAACAGGACAAGUGAAUGGCCAACUCCAUUACCUCUUAUAUUGUUUACGGUCUUUCUUGUGGCCUUUUCAGUCAUCUAUCCUCUAGUGAUUAAGAAUCAAGAUGUAAUGAAGGACCAAAACAGUGAGUCUGAAUUAAAAAGCUCGCCUGCUAAGAAAAAGAAAACACGAAAAUCAGGGAAGAAAAAUGACACUAUCGAUAAAAGGGAAAAGCACCUGUCUCCAGAGAAUAAGGAUGUUCUGACACAAAAGGGUAAUUAUAGAGAAGUAUGGAAGCACUUCAACCAAGUUGAUGAAAGUGUUGAUGGACGAAGGAUUGGUAAAUUAUUUGUUUCAAAUAAAGUGAUUGCUAAGGGCAGCAACGGUACCAUUGUCCUUGAGGGAAUAUAUGAAGGCCGAGCAGUUGCUGUUAAACGUCUCGUUAAGGCUCAUCAUGAUGUAGCUUAUAAAGAAAUCCAAAAUCUUAUUGUGUCUGAUCAGCAUCCAAAUAUUGUCCGAUGGCAUGGGGUGGAGUAUGAUAGCGAUUUUGUUUACCUUGCUUUGGAACGUUGUACAUGCAAUUUAGAUGAUUUGAUUCAAAUUUAUUCAGAUAUAUCAGAAAACUCUGUGCUUAUGAAGGACCAAGGUUUCAGAUGUUUGAUAAAGUCCCAAAUGGAGAUGGAGAAGUAUAAUACACAAUGUCUUUGGAAGGAAAACCGCUAUCCAUCGCCUCUAUUACUAAAACUAAUGAGGGACAUUGUGUCUGGGGUUGUUCAUUUGCAUGAAUUGGGAAUGAUACAUCGGGAUUUGAAACCACAAAAUGUUCUAAUAAUCAAGGAAAAAUCCUUAUGUGCAAAGCUUUCUGAUAUGGGGAUUAGCAAAUGUCUUUUGGAAAAUAUGUCUUCUUUGGGUAAUAAUGCUACUGGUGGUGGCAGUUCAGGUUGGCAAGCACCAGAGCAACUUGUUGAAGGACGUCAAACACGGGCAGUAGAUAUAUUUAGUUUAGGUUGUGUCCUCUUUUUCUGUGUUUCUGGGGGAAAACAUCCAUUUGGAGAACGUAUUGAACGGGAUAUCAAUAUUUUGAAAAAUAAAAUGGAUCUUUUCCUAGUGGAGUUCAUUCCUGAAGCCAAAGAUCUUAUUAGUCGUCUAUUAAACCCUAACCCUGAUGUAAGGCCAAAGGCAACUGAGGUAUUGUACCAUCCUUUUUUCUGGAGUUCUGAGAUGAGACUUUCCUUUUUACGUGACACCAGUGACAGGGUGGAACUGGAGAAUAGAGAGACUAAUUCUGAUCUUUUGGUGACAUUAGAAAGCAUUGCUACAGUGGCCUUGGGUGGAAAAUGGGAUGAAAGGAUGGAACCAGCUUUCAUUGCUAACAUCGGUUAUUACCGGCGAUAUAAUUUUAACAGUGUUCGAGACUUGUUGCGAGUUAUGAGAAACAAACUAAAUCAUUAUAGAGAAAUGCCUCGAGAAAUCCAGGAACUUGUAGGACCUGUUCCCGAAGGAUUCUUCAAUUACUUUGCAAGUCGAUACCCAAGACUCUUGAUUGAAGUGUAUAAAGUUAUACUCCAAUACUGCAAGGAGGAAGAAUGUUUCCUAAGAUAUUUUAAAAAUGUUGAUUAGUGCCUUGUCAUCGUUUGGAUGGCUUGAGAAUAUAAAGGCAAAAGACUGUUGCAGCAUGAAGCAGAUUAUGUUGGUAUUUUAUAAAAUGUAAUAAUGUAUAUGUAUGUAUAGUAUCAUAAUAUUAAUCUAACCUAAAGUUACAUGUCUCUGACACAUAUAGUUAUAUAAAUACGUCGUCUCAUUCAGGAUUAUGCUAUCAUUAACUGUUCAUCAAAUGUAAUCAGUAGCAUACUAAGGAUUCAACAUUUCACAAAAACAUUAUUCUGCAAUAAUAGGUUAAAGAUCAUUUUGA